AUGAUCCUCCCGUUGCUGCUGCGGACGGCUCGGCGCCAGGUUGGCGCCGCCUCCACCGCCCAGAGCUUCGCCAUCCGCGCCUUCUCCACGCCCGCGCGCAACCCCGCGCACGCCUCCUGGACCGACGACGACAAGGCCUACUUCCAGCAGCUGCUCAAGCCCGAGAGCGUGCUCACGGACGCCGACGACACCGAGCCGUACACCGUGGACUGGCUCAAGAAGUACAAGGCGCAGAGCAGCCACCAGAUGGUGCUCAAGCCCAAGACCACCGAGCAGGUCUCCGCCAUCCUCAAGUACUGCAACGAGCGCAGCCUGCCGGUCGUGCCGCAGGGAGGCAACACGGGCCUCGUGGGCGGCAGCGUGCCCGUGUACGACGAGAUCGUUUUGUCCACGAGCAGCAUGAACAGCGUCGUCUCGUUCGACGAGGUGUCCGGCAUCUUGGUGUGCGAGGCCGGCUGCAUCCUGGAGAACCUGGACAACUACGUGGCCAAGCACGGCUACAUGAUGCCGCUGGACCUGGGCGCCAAGGGCACGUGCCAGAUCGGCGGGAAUGUUGCAACCAAUGCGGGUGGCCUGCGACUGCUGCGUUACGGCUCCCUCCAUGGCACGGUGCUCGGUGUGGAAGCGGUGCUAGCCGAUGGUACCGUUAUUGACUGCCUGAGCACGAUGCGGAAGGACAAUACGGGUUACGAUCUCAAACAGUUGUUCAUUGGAUCGGAGGGUUCUCUUGGUGUGGUGACCAAGGUGUCCAUUUUGACACCUCCUCGCUCAUCAUCCAAGAAUGUGGCGCUGCUUGCCUGUGAAGACUUCGAAUCGGUUCAAAAGGCUUUCGUUGAGGCCAAGAAGCAUUUGGGCGAGGUGCUGUCGGCAGUGGAAUUCAUGGACCGUCAGUCUCUGGACAUGGUGCUGUCCCAGCAAGACUGGACGAAGGACCCGCUGGAAACCCCGAGUCCAUACUACGUGUUGAUCGAGACAUCGGGCAGCAAUGCGGAUCACGACAUGGAGAAACUAAACGCGUAUUUGGAGGACGUGAUGGGCUCCGGCGUUGUAGUCGACGGGACGGUGGCUCAGGACGAGGCACAGGCUCGCAAACUUUUUGUGAUCCGCGAAGACAUUACGGUCGCACUUGCAGCGCGCGGAUACGUGUACAAAUACGACGUGUCACUGCCGAUUGAGCAAUACUACAAGAUUGCAGAGGAAACCCGGGAGCGGCUUGCUCCGACGGAUGCGAAGGUCGUGUGCUACGGCCACAUUGGCGACUGCAACGUUCAUCUGAACAUUUCAACGCUGGAAUACGACGACAAGGUUUUCAGCGCACUGGAACCGUUCGUCUUCGAGUGGACUUCCAAGUAUCGCGGGAGUAUCAGUGCUGAACACGGGAUUGGCACCCACAAGCCUGAGUAUCUUCCUAUGUCCAAGUCUGACAACGCCAUCAAGCUGAUGCAGCAGAUGAAGAAGAUGAUGGACCCGAAGGGAAUUCUGAACCCCUACAAGGUUCUUCCCGAGGCGCACUGA